AUGAGCAUCGCGACGAGCUCGGCCGGCAAGAGCCUGUACUCCGGGCCGCCGACCAUGGCUCCACCGGGCAAGCUGUACGACCAAGAGGUCGGAGGCAACGGGGAACAGCAGCUGAGGCAGCGGCGCACCAGCGGUGCUGCUAGCCCCAGCGACCUCGGCGGUGCCGCUAGCCCCCUCGAGUUAUCCGGUGUGGCCAGCCCAGCUUCCGGUAGCCCCGCGGACCCAGGAGUUAGUGCUAGCCCGGCGCCCCUUCGCGGUAUCCCCAUCACCUCGCCAGCGCAUGAACAGCAGGAAGAGAAAGUCGUGGUGGCGCUGGCGUCGGCGGAGAUGCGCAGACGCGUGUUCGAGACGUGCAUCUUCGUCUUAUCGGCCGCCAUCAUCCUGGUCUUCAUCGGAAUGCUGCUCUUUGUGCUCGCCUUCAACGAGGAGAUCACCAAGGUGAUCGAGAAGACCAUAGAUAUAAAGCCGAAACUGAGGGACCUCUACUGCAACACCAAGCUCUGCAAGUCCUUCACGCGCGAGGUGAUCUCGUACAUGAACUUCAGCCGGGACCCGUGCAACGAGUUCUACGAGUACGUCUGCGAAGGGUACCUGCAGGAGGCACUCACCGACCGCUUCAAGUGGACCGCACCGGGCUUGGACAACGCGCGCUUAAGCAAGGUGGUCGAUGGCAUCUACCACCGCAACGUCUCUGACGGGCCCGACCUGUUUUACUAUGUCGGUUGGGAGCGGAGGUUCAUGCCGGAGAAUCUGUGGGAACUGGCUUCGCCCCUGUACGAUCGGUGUUUGCGGGGGGACGCCGCCGCCGUCGCCUUGCCCUAUGACCUGAAUACUUACUUCGAUGAUUCUGCAUACAAUUUAUCGGCGGACCUUGUGGAGGCAUACAAGGUGAUCCCACUCGUUCACCUCGUGAUGACCACGGCAUUCCCCUGGGAUGCAGAACGAGACUACAGCGUUCCAACGCUAGAGACGGCUCGACUUAGGCCUCUCAUGGAUACUGAUUACGUCACAUCGCAAUCUGCGGGAAGAUACAUGAGCCACCUUAUACAUGACAUCUGGAACGGCGUCACUCCGAACUAUAAGAUCAGCAGGCUCGAGGCGACCGAACUGGCGGAUGCGGAAGCUGCCAUCGCUCAGCAGCUCCAGCAUCUCACCUCGGUUCUAGUGGCCAACCUCAACCUGUGA